AUGGCGGAGCUUCUCAAUCUAUUGGAUUUGCUGCUCGGCCAAACUCUGGGGCGAACGCUGUUGGCCGCUCCAACGCCAGCGUCGCUGCAAUUACGCCUCCCCCAACAGGAUGAGUUACUUCAGGCGCUGCUGCGGCAGCCUCCCCACUACACCGACGUGGACAGCCACACUCCCAGCCUUCCCACCGCCUUCACUGCCACCGACGCCCUGGCGGCAAUGGCCGCAGCGGUCGCCUCACCACUGCCCCCAGGCACACUGGACGCCCUCCUGGACCGCCGCUUACGCGCAGUCUCGGCCUUCCCCGCGCCGCGGCUACCUGCCGCCGCCGCCGCCGCCGCCAGGGGCGCCGGCGUCACAGCGGCCGCCACAACGCGAUCCGCCGCUGCCUCGCUGCUGCACGAGACCACAUUAUCCUUCCUGCCCGCCCCCACGGCCGCAGCCUUUCAGGAGCUUCGUCGCGGUGUGGCCCGACGACUCGGAAGCCACCACAUAGACCUCACCGCGAUGCCACCGCCAGCAUCGGUGCCGCUGUCAGCGGCCCGUAGCAGUAGUAAUGGCAGCAGUAGCAGUAGCAUGAUGGCCGCGGGCGUUGACAGCGUGCUAUUUUCAGACCUGGCAUCACUGGAAGACGAGCAGGAGCGGCAAGAAGAAGAAGAAAAAGAAGAAGAAGGAGAUCAUCGCCGCGACGGCGAGAUCACACCAGCAGCGGCCAGCAGCGGUUCGCAGCGGCGGCAAGCUCCGGAUGAGGCCGCUCGGGGAAUGCGGGAUAUGCUGGGGCCGCCGGACAGCCAGCUGUGGUCGCUGAUCUUGAGGGAGCUGCUGCACCAAAUGCAGAGUGUGUGUGGUGGGGGGGGGCCGGACAUGGGCGCGGGGCUGUCGGCGCCGCCGCCGCCGCCGGGAUGCAAGGAGCCGAAGGAGCCGACCCCAGCGGCGCCGCCAGCACCACCACCACCACCGCCGGCUUCCGCCGUUGGCAGCGGCAGUGACGGCGGCCUGGGCACGCCCACCGCUGCCGCCGCCGCCGCCACCGCCCCUACCAUACGACGUCACUGCCGCAUCGCAAUCGUGGUGGUGUACCUGUUGACGGAUGAGGACAAGGCCUCAUGGGAAGUGCUCAGCGGAGGUCCGGGGGGCGCCGCCGUGACCCAUAUGCGGCAGUCCUCUUUCCGCGGGUUACAGUAUGUGGUGGUGAGGGGGCCGCUGGCGGCGCCGCCGGCGGUGCGGACGGCGCUGGCGGCUGCGGGGCGCGCGUAUGAGCAGGCUUUUCCUACCAACGCUGCUGAGGUGUGGCAGGAGCUGCAGCAUGUCGCGAUGGAAGAGCGAGAGCAGCAGGUUCUUUCGGGAGCAGCCGCAGCCGCCAGCGGCGGAAGUGCUGCCGUGCGGUCGCAACGGCGGACGACGACCCCACCCGGGCUGGACUCAGACGCGACGGCUGCGACAGCGGCAGCGGCAGCAGCCGCAUCGCGCGGCCGCGGGCCUGGUGUCUUCGCCACGCGUGCAUCGCCUCCGGACUGGAUGCUGGGCGACCUCUCCUCCUCCGCCGCGUCCUCCUCCGCCGCGUCCUCGCCCUCGUCCAGCCUCCGCAACGGCGCCUCCAUGACCCCACUGCAUGCGGCAGCCUCACAGCAGCAACAGCAACAGCAACCGCCCGCUGCAGCGCCUCCGGAAGCGCACCGCCCUCCCCACCGCAACGGUUCUGGGUUUGUUGCAGCUGAGCAGCUGACAGGCGCCGCUGCCCAGCAGGCAGCGAACACGCCUCCUGCGGCCGCGGCUGCUGCCGCCGCCGCCGGCACAGCCGGGUUCCUUCCCUCCCGCGACGACGGACUCGGACGCAUCAUCCUCCCCUCCCAGGGACAGCCGGCUGCCGGACCGGGUCGCUACUCUGACGGCCGCAUGGGCUACCAGCUCCCGGCAACAAGCUUCCAAAGGCCUUCCGACGUGGCGGCGGCAGCGGCAGCAGCGGCAGCAGCACAAGCCGGCGGGGCCGGCCUCGCUGCAGAUAGAGCACCGCCUCGGGUGUCCGGGUCCGGGCGUAAGUCCGUUCCGUUGCUGUCGCUCACACAGCCGCUGUCGUCGUCGCCGUCGGGCUCCAACAGUCUUUUCUUGCCCGGAUUGGAGUACGAGCCGGCGAUGCCUCCGGCGGCGGCGGUGGGGAAGGGAUCCAGCAGCAGACUUAUCAGCAGCGCCGCAGAGGAUGCAACACCUGCGUCCGUGGUUCAUCAUCCUGCACGGCCUUCCCUCGGAGGCCGUGUCCUGCCGCCGGCCGCCUUGGUUGGUGUGGCCGGCGCAGCCGGCGACCCGUACGGCGUCAGUAAGGCCCAUGACGACGACGACGCAGUGUUGCUGACCUCCCCGGACGGCAACGCCGCGACCGCCGCCGCUGCCGCCAGAGAUGACGGGCCGUUUGGUAGAGCUCCGGAGCUGGCCUGGGCAGCGGCCGCGGCUGCGGAUACAGACGCAGAUACAGACGCGGCGGGUGGUUGGAAUCGGACGCGGCGAGGAGGACCCGAGUCCCGAGAGGCCGAGAGGAAGGGGGAGGAGUGGCGUGGAGUUGCCGCCGCCACGGUGGGGGCUAAGGCGGUGAUGGAAGAGGAGGAGCGGACUGGACGCAUCGCUGUCGUAGUAGCUCCGGCACCUCGGGGUGGGGGUGGGGGAGGGGGAGGGGGCUCCGGGCCAGUCUGGGACACUGUUGGUGGUGGAGGUGGUAUUGGUGGUGGUGGUGGUGUGGUGUCAGUUCCCGGAGGCGGUGGGAGGGGCCCCGCCACCGAGGUCUCAUCACCCGCGUCUGGCUUUGUGGGUCCAGCUGCUGCUGCUGCUGCAGCUGAUGGUGAUGAUGAUGUUAAGGCAGUUGGUGCGGGGCAAGUGCUAGGUCCUGGCGGCGGCGGCAGUCCCAGCGGCGGCAGAAGCAGCCCUACCUACGGCCUGGCUCCUCGCAACAGCAGCAGCAGCAGCAGCCCCUCGCCGCAGCGCCGAGCCUCCGUGCCCCUCAGCCUGCGUCUCAACGAAGCCACUGCCGUGCCCAUGGAGGAGUGCCCAACGCCGUCUCUUGUUCAUUUCUCCUCCCUAUCAUCCUUGAGCGGGCUUGAGCUGCCGGCGGGCAGGACAGACGGUGCCGGGGUCGCUGCCGUACACACAUCGCAAGGAAAUCAAGCCCGUCGUGUGGGGACUGUGGGUGUGACCGCGUAUCCCCCGGCGGUGGCGGCGGCGGCGGCGGAUUCCCCGGGGGAUGCCUUGCGGCCGGCUUCCCCCAGAGCUUCUUCAGCCGACGCCGCUCAGCACCAAGACGGCUCUUCUUCUGAGCAUCUGCCGCUGCUACCAGAGCCGACUGUCUCCGCGCACAUCAGCACCGUCGUCUGCUUUGCUGACGAUGAUGAUGAUGGCGGCGGUGGUGGUGCAGCGUCGCUUCCGCCGGCACCACUGCCGCCGCAAUCGUCGCUCAGCAGCUCCGAAGAUGGAAGUGCUGGCGGCGGCGGCGGCGGCGGUAGUGUCGGUGGCAGUAGCCACGGCCUGGCCAGCUUGAUCGGCGAUGUACGGCUGCGACGUCAACAACUGUCUGCAGCCAUGGCCAGCCCGGAGCCUGCUGCUACUGCUGCUGUCUGGGAGCGUCCCCGCCAUGGCGGCAGCACCUCGGGCUCACGUCCCGAUGAAGGCGCGCCUCGACACGACCCAGCACCUGCCGCUGCCGCCAGCCGUCGCUCCGCUUCAGGCGCUUCAGGCUCCGCGUCACUGCCAGCGCCGAGUUCUCUUUCCCCAGACAGACCCCUCGUGCCGUUGCAACAGCUGCAGCAUCAUCAACAGCAGCAAAGCUUGGGCGCCGGCUUGGCCAACAUCGCGACGCCAGUGGUAACCCCCCCGCCGCCCUCGCCGCCAGCUGUGCAAGGACCCGCUACAGCCGUCACCACCGCCGCCGCCGCCACGCAUGACGGCAGCCUUGAAGCCUCCGUAGACAGCUGGGCUCGAGCAGCCCCACUCCAACAUCCGCGCUCACCACACCAGCAACAGCAACGGCGGCAGCAGCAGCAGCAGCAGCAGCAACAACAACAACCCAAACCGCAUCCCCACCUGCCGCGUCACCUCGGGCGGGGUCCUGGAUCCGCUCCUCCUCCUUUUCCCCUGGCGCAGCUCAACCAGAGCUGGGACUCCCUGCGACCGCCGCUGCCUCCUCCGCCCGCCUGGACGUCUACGGGCGCGGCGUACCUGGGCACCUACUACCGGCAGCAGCGCAAGAAGCGGCAGCCGACAGGGUCAGCAGCGGAGGCGACGGAAGUGGCGGGCGGCGGCGGCCGUCCCGCUGCAGACAGGGCUUGCGCCUCGCCGGCCGACUCGGUGCCUGACGACGGCGACGGCAACACGGGCGGCGCAGAGGAGUGGCGCUGGUUCCCGGUGCCGUGGGCUCAUCCCCCGAUGGCCUUUUGGUAUCCCGUGCCAUCCUUUCCCGUGUCAGGGUUGCCCCGGGGGGCCCCAGGGGGGGCCCAAACCCGGAAUAGCGCCCCGCAAGGCGGAGUGGUGCCGCCGCCCGCUGUGGCUGCGGCCGCUGCCGCCGCCGCCGCCGCCGACGGCAGCAACGCGGAAACAAGAAGGAUUCCCAGAAGUGCUGUGCGGGGUGGCAGUGAUGUGGGAGGUGCAGACGGGAGGCGUGGUGGCAGCGGCCACGAUGGCGGCGGCAACCUGCAUGCUGUGGCAGGGCCGCCGCCGUUGCCGCCGCUGCCAGCAGCCCACCUGUACUCGCCCGAUGCAAUCGAGGCCGCUGCCACAGCCCUCCUUCCCCUCCUAUCAGACCGGCAUCCGGGCCCGCCGAUGACCGUGUACGGCUUGAAGCUGCGCGAUGCCGUACACCUGGCCGUCAGAUCCCUCACGCAUGAACGGAGCAGGGCAGUGGCGGCCGCAGCGGCAACGUGGCGGGUGCCGCAUUCGUCGCUGCUACAGCCUUCGAACAGCUUGAUCGCCGCAAACCCCCCGUUCCGAGAUAACGUAGCACCACCGCCCUCAGCUACUGCUACUGCUACCGAUAUGGCAGUUGCGGUCGGUGGGGGCGGCAGUGCCAUGCUGCCAGCUGCAGCACCAGGGCGUGCGGCGGUGGCCGGGGCCUCCAGCCUGAGAGUCCUAGACCAAGGCUACUGCCGCGGGACAACUGCUACAGCGGAGGAGGCAGCUACAGCUGCUGCUGCGACGGCGGCGGUUGCUUUCCCUUCGCCAGGCGGACCUGCUGUCGGUAACGGCGGUAGUGGUGCGGUCGAUGCGACUGUGUUGUUGCCGCCGCAGCCGCCACCGCCGCCAAAGUCGCCGCCACGGCAGUGGCAGCGGUCGCCACUGAAAAAUCAAGCGAAGCUAAGAAGCGGUGGUACCCGGAGGCAACUCUCCGGUUCUUCGAAGUUUGACUUGAUUACUGUUGCCGCCGCGGCGGGUGCGGCGGCGGCGGCGGCCGCCGCCGCCGCGGCGGCGGCAAAGGCGAAGGCAACGGCGCCCGCGACGGAGGCGGCAAUGUCCGCGGCGGAGUGGCUGGCGGAUCAAUCUGGCGAGUACUUCAAUCCCGUGAUCCGGCAAGGGGCUGCGGCGGGGAUGAGGCCACUGGGGCGGACUGCGGACUCCGGGUCGAUCACGGCCGCCGCCACGUCCCAGUCCCUGUCGCUCUCGUUCGCGUCGGCGACCAGCACUGAGGACGCGAACGCGACGACGGCGCCCGUAGUGCAUCGCCGCAUGCUGCAGCACCAACACCAGCAGCACCAGCACGAGCAGCGGAAAGGGCUGGGGGAGGACUGCACGCCUCUCGCUACUAGCUCCCCUUCCUCACGGGGCCUCUCUGAGGGGGCACAUGGACGAGGAAGUGCCGCUCGCGGAGGACACGGCCGCGGCCGGUGGGGGGACCAGGUCUCGCCGUUGGGACGGCAGAGGCCGGUGGUGGCACCGCCGGCGGCGGCGGCGGCGGGUGGUGCUAAUCGACGACGGCCGGGGAGAUCCCUCCUAGGCGUGUUGGCCGCCGCCUCAACUGCCAACGGCAACGGCAACGCCGGUAAUACCCGCGGCAGCCGUCCAGGCAUCGCCUCCACCGGCCUCAGCAGCCCCGCAGCCGCCAUGGCCGCCGCCGUCGAGCCCCCUCUUGAUUUGGGAGCGGAGGACUGGCUGAUGCUGGGGUCGCCGCAGGCCAGCAACCCCCUGCAUGUGCGGAGCCGGCAGCUGGGGACUGCACAGCUGGACCUGCAUCAGCGACUGAAUGACCCGCAGACGGGGAGCCGCACCCCGCGAGGUGAGAUGGACGGCCACCACAUCCACGUCACGACGGCGGUACGGUCGCCGCUGGAAAGGCGGCCGCAGCAGGAUCAGCACAGGAAGCAGCAGCAGCAGCAGCAGCAGCGCCAACCUUUAGGCCUCUGGAACCAGCACCUGCCGCCUGCCGGCAGCUCAGAGCAGAAGCAGCAGCAACAGCAGCAGCAACAACCGAGGUGGCCGCGGCCGCCGGCGUCAUCGCCGCCGCAGCCGCAUGAUCAAUGGCACCCGCAUCCGGAGCAGCAACAGCACCGGCACCGGCAGUCACCUGACAUUGGCCGCUGGACAACAGGCGUCAUGGUGCCCUGGGUGAGAGCACUGUCACGCACCACUAGGCUUGCCAGGGCGCGGCGGGCGGCGGCGCUUGCGACUGAAGCAGCGCGGCGGGCAUCAGAGGACCGACGUGACGCGAGGGAAGGGGCGGAGGUGUACGGAGGAAUACGUGAAAAGAGCUCAUGGAUGGUCGCCGCUGUGGAGCCGCCGGGCAGCGCCACUACCGCCGGCCGCGGCGGCGGCGGCCUUACGACUUCUGACGGUCAAAGGGAUUCCGUCCUGCCGUUGUCGCCUUGGGCGGGAGCUUCCAACGGUCCCAUGGGCCAUUGCGGGGGCGGCGGCGGCGGCAGCGGCAGCCGGGCCCGUGUCCGUCAUUGGGCUGCAGAUGAUUGGCAGCGGCAGUCGCAAUCCGGCGGCGGGGGCAGCAGCUCAGCCACGGGUGCUACUGGCUUUACGUCCGCCGUGUCGCUGGCGAUACUAUCGGGGGGUGCACCCAGCGACAGCAGCCAUGCAUUGUUUAACAGCUUGCCAAGCAGCAGCAGCAGCGUGGCGACUGCAGCAGAUUCUCUGCAGGUGUCGGCAGCGGCCUUAAGGGGGGCAGCAGAUGCGAGCGCAACCGCGAGCGAGAGCGCAGGCACCCGAAGCUACGGCGGCAGCGGCAGCGGCGGCAGCCAUGCCCGUGGCAGCAGCAGCAGCCUGGACGUAGCGGGUUCUGUCAUCACUCUAUCGCCAAGGUCGGCACUGCAGUGGCGGCAGCAGCAGCAUCCCACCGAGCCUUCCCGGCAGCAGCAGCCCAGGCCAUCGUCGCCGCUACCGCCGCCGCCCCCACCGGUGCAGCGCAGCGGCGGGCACGCUAACCCCCACAUGUCAAAUACGCGCGGCGGCGGUGGCGGCGGCGGUGGCGGCAGCAGCGAUGGCGGCGGCGGCGGCCCCUCCUGGGUCCCGCUGUUCUCCUGGUCACCUGCACCUCCUUACACGCCGCUUCCCCUCCUUCAAAGCGGAGCUUCCCCAGACCCCCUCGACUCGAAACCUCGGGCCUCGGGGGGAAGCUCUGUGGUAAUAUCGGAACCAUGGGCCCACGGGCCGGAGGCGGGUGCUGCGCUAGCCAUGUCGGCCUCCGCUGGGGAGGUGGCGGAGCCGGGUAGCGGGCCGCAGAGGCCCCCGCGGGCCCAGUCGCCGGUCUGUAAUGGCAGCAACGGCAGCACGGCCCCGGACACCAUUGACUUGCUGGCUUUUCUUCGGUCCCCAGGCAAUGCAGCAAUAGAGACGGUGAAUGACUCCGCCGCAACCGCAACCGCCGCUGCCUCGCCUGAAGCGUCCCGGAGGCCCCAAUAUCCUGGAGGGAGUUCUGGGCUGCUGUUCGCACCGACAGCGGGCGAUGGCACUGCCCGGUUAUUUAAUUUUUACGACAGCCGAGGGGGAACUGCAGGGGGUGGUUCAACUGCCCGGGCCCGUUACGGACAAACGCCGCGCCAAGGCGGUGGCGGUGGCGGCGGCGGCUCUGCUGCGGCCAACAGCGCUUACUCCAGCAGCAGCAGCAUCCUCAGCGUUCCGGGGGUUGCUGCCGCCGCCGCCGAUCCCAGCUUCUGCAGCAGCGGCCUGGACUACGGUCGGGAUUACCUCAGCGCCGACUUUGGAAGCUCCUGGAGUGUUCAAAUGCAGGAAAGGAGUGAGACUUACGACGGUGCUAAUGGACAACAGGGUGGGAACACGCUGGCUGUGUCGCUGCCCCAGGGCUCCGCUGGCCACUGGCAGUGGACUCCGGCGACCGGAGGAGGUGGCUCUGGAGGGUUUGUCUCUGGCAGUAGGCCGGACACAGCGGCGUCCAGUGCUUCAAGCCCAGGGCCGCGAUCCUGGGGCCCAUCGCGGCCGGCCAGCAGCGGCACGGCAGCCGCUACCUCUCCGCGGCCAGGGACUGUGUGGCCUAACUAA